AUGACCGAGGACAGCAGGGAGCAGGCGCGGGGCAGACAGUGGAGCUCCAUGGCUGAGACAGGAGAGCACACACAUACACAUCAGAGAGGAGAGCACACACAUUCUGUAGCUAAGAUGCCUUCAGGGCAUUGUUGGUUACUGCUAGGCUUGGUGUUAGCCUUCGUAGUUGCAGCUAGCCCGGCUCAGGCAUCCAGGGCUAAUCACUACGAUUUCUUUAUAAAGGAAACCAAGAUCACUCGGCUGUGUCACGAGACGACCAUCCUGGCCGUGAACGACCAGUUCCCGGGGCCGACCAUCUACGCGCGCAAGGGCGACGUCGUCGUCGUCAACGUCUACAACCAGGGCAACAAGAACAUCACCCUCCACUGGCACGGCGUGGACCAGCCUCGCAACCCGUGGUUCGACGGGCCGGAGUACAUCACCCAGUGCCCCAUCCAGCCCGGUGCCAAUUUCACCUACAGGAUCAUCUUCUCCGAGGAGGAGGGCACGCUAUGGUGGCACGCGCACAGCGACUACGACCGCGCCACCGUGCACGGCGCCAUCGUCAUCCACCCCAAGCGCGGCUCAGCCUACCCCUACCUCAAGCCGCACAAGGAGAUACCCAUCAUCCUCGGCGAGUGGUGGAAUGCAGACGCGGAGAAAUUGUUCGAGGAGACCAAACGCGGCGGUGACGUCAAUAUUUCGGACGCGAACACCAUCAACGGCCAGCCCGGCGACCAGUUCCCCUGCUCCAAGAACGGCACCUUCAGGAUGCUCGUGGAGCACGGCAAGACGUACCUGCUCCGGGUCAUUAACGCGGGGCUCACCAACGACACGUUCUUCGGCGUCGCCGGGCACCGCCUCACGGUGGUCGGCACCGACGGACGCUACCUCAAGCCGUUCACCGUCGAGAGCAUCAUGAUCUCGCCGGGCCAGACCAUGAACGCGCUCCUGGAGGCCGACCGCCCCACGGACGGCUCGGGCAAUAGCCGCUACUACAUGGCCGCGAGGACGUUCACGGGCAACGGCCUGCAGCUCAAGUCCGGCAACGCCACGGCCAUCCUGGAGUACACGGACGCACCGCCCUCCGCAGGGCCGCCGGACUUCCCCAACCUGCCGACCGACGACAACGCCGCCGCGACAGCGUACACUGCGCAGCUCCGGUCCUUGGUCACCAAGGACCACCCGGUCGACGUGCCGACGCACAUCGACGAGCACAUGCUCGUGACGAUCGCCAUGAACUUCCUCCCCUGCGGCACCAACGAUACGUGCACGAGCCCCAUCGGCAGCCGCCUCGCGGCGAGCCUAAACAACGUCAGCUUCGUGGCCCCGUCCGUCGACGUCCUCGACGCCUACUACUACUCCAUCCAGGGCGUUUACGAGCCGGACUUUCCCAACAAUCCGCCCUUCAUCUUAAAUAUCACCGAUUCCCUGCCGCUGAACCUCUCGUUCACGAAGCGGGGCACCAAGGUGAAGGUAGUGGAGUAUGGCGCCGUCGUGGAGGUGGUGUUCCAGGACACGGGUAUCCUUGCCGCCGAGAGCCACCCCAUGCACCUGCACGGGUUCAGCUUCUACGUGGUGGGCAGAGGGUUCGGUAACUUUGACAAGAACAAGCACCCGGCCACAUACAACCUGGUAGACCCGCCGUACCAAAACACCGUCUCCGUACCCAAGGCCGGAUGGGCCGCAAUCCGCUUCCGUGCCGCAAAUCCAGGUGUGUGGUUUAUGCAUUGCCACUUUGAGCGUCACAUGGUAUGGGGCAUGAACAUGGUGUUCAUUGUGAAAAAUGGUAAGACUCCGGAUGCUCAAAUGAUGCCACGUCCUUCUACUAUGCCGAAGUGCUAAGGAACCAAGGGCUUGAGGGAUGAUCGUGGUUUGCAAGAUAAUCAAGCUUCCUAUAA